GCUCAGAGUGAAGAAAUGUCCAACAGCAGCUCCAUCAGCCACUUCCUCCUGCUGCCAUUGGCACACACGCGGCAGCUGCAGCUCCUGCACUUCUGCCUCUUCCUGGCCAUCUCCCUGGCUGCCCUCCUGGCCAACGGCCUCAUCAUCAGCGCCGUAGCCUGCGGCCACCUCCUGCACAGCCCCAUGUUCUUCUUCCUGCUCAACCUGGCCCUCAGCGACCUGGGCUCCAUCUGCACCACUGUCCCCAAAGCCAUGCACAAUUCCCUCUGGGACACCAGGAACAUCUCCUAUGAAGGAUGUGUUGCUCAGCUAUUUCUGUUUUUAUUUUUUAUCUCAGCAGAGUAUUCCCUCCUGACGGUGAUGUGCUACGACCGCUACGUGUCCAUCUGCAAACCCCUGCACUACGGGACCCUCCUGGGCAGCAGAGCUUGUGCCCACAUGGCAGCAGCUGCCUGGGCCAGUGCCUUUCUCACUGCUCUGCUUCACACAGCCAAUACAUUUUCUCUGCCUCUAUGCCAGGGCAAUGCCCUGGGCCAGUUCUUCUGUGAAAUCCCACAUAUCCUCAAGCUCUCCUGCUCCAAAUCCUAUCUCAGGGAACUUGGGCUUCUUGCUGUUAGUGCCUUUUUAGCUUUUGGUUGUUUUGUGUUCAUUGUUUUUUCCUAUGUGCAGAUCUUCAGGGCUGUGCUGAGGAUCCCCUCUGAGCAGGGACAGCACAAAGCCUUUUCCACCUGCCUCCCUCACCUGGCUGUAGUCUCCCUGUUCCUUAGCACUGGCAUUUUUGCCUACAUGAAGCCCUCCUCCAUCUCCUCCCCAUCCCUGGAUCUGGCAGUGUCAGUUCUGUACUCGGUGGUGCCUCAAGCCCUGAACCCCCUGAUCUACAGCUUGAGGAACCAAAAUCUCAAGGCUGCAGUGUGGAGAUUGAUCAUGGGAUGA